AUGUACACACGUGUGUAUUCGCUUAAACCUAAUGAAAAUAAACCAUUCGAAAAGCCAAUAAUAAUUUGGCGAGAUAAGAUCUUAAAAUUAUCACGUAUAGACUUACAUUCAUUCAGUAUUGAAUUUCAAUUAUGGAGAGUAUCUGAUUAUACAUUUAAUGAGUUUGUAUGUAAACAAGAAUUAACAUUUGCGCGUGUUUUAAAACAAGAAGCUAGGGCUGCUAUUGAGUUGGUGAAGACGGUGAAGAAUGAUGAGUCGUUAAUUAGUCGUCGUAAAGUUAAGAAUGUAAAUGCUCCCAUAAUUCGUUUAUCUGUUAUAUUAUCAUUAGCAGAAGUUUAUAGCUUUGAUUGUCGAUUAUUAGGUUGGACAAUUGAUUUAUUAAAUGGAACUCCAAUGCGUAAGCGUCAAUUAGUAUUUGAUGUACCUACAUCAUUAACACGACGUCAAGUCAUAUGGUCACGAAGUUGGUCUGGAUCUAAGUUCCCUGGUGGAGUGACAUUUUCUUAUACAGGAAGUGAGCAAUCAUUCUGUACUAAUUAUAUUCGUGUUCAUGUUUAUGAAAAACCUGUAGAACAUUUGAUAUGGAGUGCUAUGGCACUUAUAGGCACGGCGGUAAUUAACUUAAAGAAUGUUGAAAUUCUACCACAGCGAAAAGGCAUGUUAAAAAAAUUAAGUAUUGAUCCUACUACAGUUGAUGUCGGUAAUAUUCAAGGUAAACUAUUCGCCAAUCGUAUAAGCGGCUCUGGUAUAAAAUCAUCAGAUGUAGGUGGAGGACAACCCCAAGGACCAGGUUCAUUAAUUACAGAAUUAGAUAGCUCUGAACGAUACUUAGUUGUUAGAUUAUUCAGGCUAUCCAAACUUAUCGGAAAGGAUUGGAGCCAGUCAAGUAACCCAUCCGUAGAAUUCAUAUGGGACGGCUAUGAGAACCGCAGUCGUACGGUAUAUCAGAGUCUUCAACCCAUCUUCAAUGAGACCUUCCAUUUCCCCGUACGAUUGAUACAUGACAGUAUCUUGAAAAAAGAGGAAUUAAUUCAGAACUGUCUACCCAUCGAUCUUGUAACAAAAGGACCCGUAUAUGUAAAAGUAUGGCACACGGAUGAUGACGGAAACAUUGAGUUGUUGGCAUCGGGACAAAUUCCAAUGUACUUGUUAACUAGCAAUGAGACAACACUCGAAUUAAGGUCUCUUUUGGAAAGUGUAGACUAUCAGCAAGAUGAUCGAAAAUUCGCGCGUCGAGAAGCCGCUUCGGAAGCCGCUGAUGAUGAGGAGGAGGAGGAGGGCGAACGUCAAGCUGAAGAAGAAACAGGCGGAUUGCCCUUUUAUUUAAAGAAGGUACGCACACGCGUGUUCAACAACGACAAUUUCCUCCUGGAAAAUGCACUAGGUGUGCGUGGUGAGGCGGUAAAUAGUACCUCGUCAAUGUCCUUCGAAUUCUACUUCUUCCCCGCCAUGCCAGAAGGUCUAAAAAUACCAAAAAUGACAGACGCUGCUCGACAACAAUUCGUCUACAAUCAGAUACGGAAUCGCUGGGAACGCGAUUGGAUCCAGUGGCAGCGUAGCUACCGUGAAUGGUACCCACAGGCACCUCCCGGCCGUGUAUGGAUGUGUAUGUCCCGUCGUGGCGGUGAGGGCUGGUAUCCUCUUUGCGGUUACAUCUCACCUACGCCGGUACCCAAGGGCAUUUCGGGACCGGGAGAGCUAUUGCAUUGGGUCAGCUGCAUCUCCUAUACCAACACUACCGGCGGCACCAUCGGUAACGCCACGGGAACAGUUGGAUGGAACACGCCGAACCACACACUAAACGUACGGAAAGGCACGAUACAGGAACACGCUGCUGUACUCUGCUCUUUCCUUCUUGGACUUGGCUUUGACGCUUACGUAGCCCUCGGGACACUCAAGAGUGACCAACCUGGCGCCCCUGGACGCGCCUACGCCUGGGUCAUCACCCGGGACGCCGGACAGUAUGUGACCCACUGGGAUCCGCUUCUCAAGCAGUGCUUCUCAACACCCAUGCGUUACGGGGUCACACAUCGCGCCUCACCAGAAACUGAAGGCUACGACCCCGAGGAACUUGCACAUGGUAUCGACGUCCAUGCCGCGGAUGAAGAACAUCCCUAUUUCAACGGCGAGUUCCUUAAUGAAUAUUACAACCGCCUGGCCAAACAACAGGGUCUCCAACAGGUCCUUCCAUUUACCAAACGGGAAGCCGGUGCCACUGACCUGGAAGUCCUCCUCCAAGGUGGCUCUGAUCCAAGCUUAGGCGGCCCGGUGUUAGGUGGCACGGUGUUAGGUGGGGGGGAGGAAGACGAGUCCGAGGACGAGAUGACUCGCGAGGAGGUUUUGGCACUGCUGGGACUCGAACCGGGAACCGCGGGUGCGGCUGCGGUUCUGAAGUCCGUGGACCAGACCGAACAGCGGAAGCCCAAAGUGGACGAUGGCGACCUAUUGCUGGCCCCAGCUGCUGAGCUCUGCAGCUUCGAACUCGCCUCCUGGUUACCCUACGCCACCCUCGAAACCUUCUUCAAUAACGAACAGGUCUAUGGCAACCUACAGAACGCGGAUCCGACGGUCAUUUAUUACGACGUUGAGUCACCCUACCAAUGGCGACCAUUACUCGGCCAGGCCGUGGCACCGGUGGACACGGACGUCUUUAUCUCCCCGCCGCCGACGGAGACGGAGGUAGAGUCCAUAGAACAGAACCUAGCGGCCGACUUACGGGAACUGAUUCAACUUGCACGAAACAACAAGGGUCUUACAACACAGUUCGAGAACUCCGAGACCUACCUCAGCCACCUUAACAAAUACCUAGAAAUGAUGGAGUAUAAAGCACGACUAGACGUUCGUUGCAUAUCCAAACAUGAUAUGCAGACUAGCACGGCUAAUCAUCAUGGUACGGACAUGUCUACAACCACUGACGCCAUGGGAAGCGCCGGGGAUGAGAACUUCUUGCCCGAUAUGAAGGCGGCCUUAAAUGUCAGCAUGCGAUCCAGUCUUAGACACAAGACUCUCGCGGCAUUUGGACUUCCUCGAGACAAGUCUUUAGGUGUCCGAAACCGGGGCGUAGAGGCCGAAGAUCAGACGGUAGACGAAGAUCAGACGGAAGACCAAGUCGAAAACCAGACCGGAGAGAAGAGGACACGACGUUUUACUCGAGAACAGGCGGCUGUCAGCAACGGCGAAGACGUUGUCGGUCUGCAACACAUCAGCCCAGUACUCCCGGCUGGCGCGGUACGCCGCCGUAAUCGCAACUGCACGCUACCCACGCUGAAAAACACGCAGCACUAUGUUACGCGCACGGAAGAUUACAUCAACGUCUUUGACGACCCAGACUCCGCUGAGGCAGCGGCGUUGGAGGAUCGAGAGACUGCAGUGGUUCUGCCCGAGGGUGACCAGUUGUCGCUUGAGCACGCAGGGGAGCACGCCAUGCUCAAUCCGAUCGAGUCUUACAGCUCGGUGGACGACGUGGAGUCGGAAGAGGAACAGGAAGGCGAGGAGCGGUAUGGAGAAGGGGAAAGGGAGGAUUAUGGAGCUGGGGGUGGGGGAUAUGGAGCUGGGGCGUAUGGAGCUGGUGGGGAGGGCGAGGCUGGCCGACGAGAAGGUGUUCUGGACGGCGGAGAGCCAGGUUACGACGACGAGUUUGGGGACAACUUUGCCGCCAAGGAGGAGGAGGAGGAGGAAGCUGGGGAGUAUGAUGAGGGGGCGUACAUGCCAGGCAGCAUGGCCAGUGGUCGCGGCUCCGGCUUGCCGCUCCUGCUGCACGAUUUCGACUUCAAUAACGACGACGUGGACCGCGAACAUUACACAAACGAAAUGCGCAAGUGGGAGACCUGCCGUACGCUCGAAGACGGCUUCCGACUCUGGCGCAAACGCAAACUGCCGGUCAAGGACAACUGCGCCUUCUGCGGCGUCCCCGUCCACCUCGCCGGGUCCGAUGUACCCUCUUUCCGCGCCAAGCUGCUUUCCGCACCCCGUGUCCAACCACUCAUUGACAUCAGCAACAAAAACAUCGCCUACGUCAUCACCGCCAAAGCAUUCCCGCUCGUUGGCGGACUCAUUUCGUGCUGGAUCUUCCUAGGCGUCGUCACGCCCAAAGUUUAA